AAGAUGAAGAGUCCCCCUCACUAGCUUUUCUACUUCCACACAUCACAAUCUCUUACCGUUUCUGUUUUCCAUGAUUCUGCCCCCAGACAUUUUCCGAGAAAAAACCUCAUCAUUUUCUCAUCCCUAAAACCACAAACAAAAUCCUUUCUUUUCUCCUUCCCCCACAAUUCCUCAGUUGACUCCUUUGUUAUGUAAACAUCAGCUGAAACAGUAAAUCGCCCAUGAUUGCUCCAACUAAGCUUGCAAUAGUUCUCAUCGUCAUCUUCGCAACAAUUCUUUUAGCACUUUUCCUAGAACUUGUUUACGUUCUUUGGCGUAAACGAAGCUUCUGUCAGCGCAGCGUCAUCAGCGGAGGCGCGCGUUCCAUUGACUCCGAGUUUCCGGGUUCACCUUUCUACGCUACUCCCUCUAAGGAUCUUCUCUAUUUCUUCUGCUGGAAAAACCAGCAUGCUCGGGUGGAGCCCUCCUCUGGGGUGGUUUCCCAGACGCCGACGGAGGCAGCUACGGCGCCGGAAUCGGUGGGAGACGCGACAGAGGACGAUGACAACGAACUGGCGGCGUUGUACGGGCAGUCGAGGAUCUUGUAUACGAUAAAAGAAGAGGAACGAGAAGGAAACGACAGCGUCGAGAAUUCCGCUGAUCAGAGUGAAGCGAGAAACGAGAAGCGGGCUUGUCUGAGGUACUGUUUAUCGGGUGGGGCCGAAUUGUUGGGUGACGUGGUGGUUGCAGUUGACUCGGAGACUCCGUUUUCGACGCCAUGCGCAUCGCCGCCUUACUUCACUCCGUCGCCUUCUCCAGAUCGUGAUCUUGAUUCCGGGCUUUUGAUAUUUUCACCGGAAACCGAGGACGUAACCUCGCCGGGAGACGUAUUGUCAGAUAAAGAAGUGGGGUUCGUGAGUUUAAGAAUUGUAGUGUAAAAAUUAGUCAUAUUUAGCAUGUCAUCAAAGUAUAUUUUUAA